UCAAUUUCUAUCUUCAGAAUUUGACCUGUAGUUUCUACAUAACCUGUAACGCGAAAGCAGUGUUAGAUCUUAUAAAUAUAAUUAGUCGUAAUAAAAAUUAUAAUAUAGACAAUGGCUGAUGCAGUUAGGAAGUUUACACUAACGGGUUUGAAAAUGAUUCACAAUCCUUAUGCUAUUUUGGAUGUUAUUGAUCAUAAAAUAUUAAACGGAUUGAAAACCUUACCAGAAAAUUAUAUUUAUCGACAGUGUACGGAGCGAAUAGUCAAAGAACGAAUGGAUAUUUUAAAAAAUAACAAAGAUAAAGAUGUAGCAGCUGAAAAAUUAGGAGUCAAAUACAUCGAAGAAGUUAUCGAGCAAGCCAAAUUAGAAUUAUCAUUGGUAAAAAGAAUGAAAGUAUGGAAACCAUGGGAAAGUUUAAUUGAAGAAGCUCCAGCUGAUCAAUGGAAGUGGCCACCGCAUAAGUAAAUUUAUUGAAUUUACAGGCAACUGUAUACAGAAUAAUAAUUUAUAUAUAAUAUAGAUAUAAUAUAAUAUAUAUAUAUAUAUAUAUUAUAUAUGUGCGUGUACACUCAAAGUAGUACGUGUAGUAAUGUAUUCUUAAUUAUAGGCGCUACAAUUUUCCCAAU